ACCACAGCUGCACGUAUCCCCGGUGCUUACAGUCUGCUUCGUAGGCUGGCCAACAGCAAUAUCCAAUCAAAAUCUCAUCGUGAGAUCAAGGUUUUUGUAAAAAUGGUGAGGCUGACAAGGCUGGCAACACCUGAUUGGAAUUGAUUGUAGAGACAAUCGGCGGUCGGAACAAUAUUCUACGCCUGUUCCUCUACGGUAACCCACGUUGAUCAGGUGCGGCAGAGUGGCUGGACGUGGAAGCCGUCGCUGACUCGGAGGACGAAUUGUUGACUCGAGACUUCCUGUCGGCAUUGAGACCGCACGAUAUCGUUCAGCUCUUUCUACGCGCACGUUUCAAUGGGUGGGUGAGCUUCAUUCGCAGCGCCGAGAUCGAGAUACGAUGCACAACAUUCUCGACCUUACAGAAGAGUGCUCCUCCCUUUUCCACUCGUUACGACAAGAUGGACCCAAGCAGCGAGUGCAUUCGUCUGCUAGACCUACUCCUAGGCCACGAUGAUGAACCAGUCUCCUUCAAGCUAAGAAUUGGUGACUUGCUCGACAUUAAUCCCAAUCCGUACGAGGCGCUUUCGUACUGUUGGGGCGAAUGGAACAGUGACAAUGUGGCCAAGGUCCAACAUAUCGAUGACCAGAGAGGCACGAAUACAGUACAUGUUUCGCCUAGCUUGUGUACCGCAUUAACCCACCUCCGAGAUGGAUCGACCAAGCGUACCCUAUGGGUGGACCAAUUUAUGCAUCAAUCAAUCAAACAAGGCCGAGGUUGCACAUCAAGUCAAAAAUAUGGGCAAAAUAUACUCUAGAG